AUGAAGGCUCUACUUUGGCUUUACUUUAUUUUGUGUUUUGUUGGCGACAGCUGUGCUCUGUUCCAAAUUGAGGGACAGAAUGUGAAUUCAAAUGCAACAAUUAAAGAACUACCAUCAUUGGAUAACAAUAUUAACUUACCAUGGCUGGCAUCUAUGCCUGGAAAUUGCCAGGGUAUUGUUAUGACUCCAUGGCUGAUUCUUUCUACAGCUAACUGUCUGAAGAAAUCAAAACUGUCACACCUGGACAUUUCAGGAGUUAAGGACCCAGAAAGUAUUCCAUAUGGACAAAGACUCUGCCUCCAUCCCAAGUUUAAUCCCCUAAAUGAAAAUGAUCCGGUAAAAGCAGAUAUUGGCGUAAUUAUUCUUGAACAGCCUAUCACUGGGGAUAAGAUACCAUUGUCUCAGGCCUCUAAUAUAACCUUGAAGAGCUGCUCCAGGUGUCAAUUCAGACGCUGUGAUGUGUAUGAAUAUCAGAGUAGCAAGAAGCUUGGAACCACUAGAGUAAAGAAGAUAGAAGUGCAGCUGUUAGAGUACGCAAAAUGCCACCAUCAGCGUUCCUCUCUGGAGAAAAGAGAGGGCUUGUGUAUUCAGAGUCAACUACAGGAAGACUGCUGGAUACAGAGAGCCAGCCCUGUCCUAUGUCUCCUAAAGAACCGCUGGGAACUGGUGGGCCUCAUACAAAAAACUUCAAGGAUAUGUCAGAAUCCCACACUCGUCAUUAAAACAGCUCCCUACCAUUCCUGGAUGAAACGAUUAAUCAAGUGA